AUGUCGAACAUCACCCCCCUCCGACGAGCGCCCACCACGGGCGGGGUUGGAACGGGAAAAAUGACUGCCGCGACGACGACGACGGCGGGGCAAAAAUACCAUCAGCACUCGACGAGUAUAUUGAAGACGUUGCAGGCGACCGAGAUGUUGGACACGAAGCCUGUUUUGCCGGCUGAAAUCAUCGCCACCAUACUCGACUACCUCCCCGUCCCGGAGCUCCUCCGCUUCGCCCGAACGUCCCGCCGGUACAAGGAGAUGGUCUACGACGACACACGCUGGGUGGCGCGGUUAAAGAGCAUGGGUGUCUGGGACGAGGCGGAAGCGAGAAGAAGAUUCGAGGAGGCGGUGCAGAGGAGACGACAACAACCUAUUAGCAGUGGGGUUGGGAGGGGGCAGCCGAUACCACCCCCAUCACCAACCGGAACAACAAAAAGAGAGAGUUUAUUCUUUGAUGCGGAUUUAGAACAGGAGAGGAGACAGCACGAGUUGCUGCAGAUACAGCUGCAGAAACAGCAGAUUUCUGAUUUGAGGGAUGGGUUUGAGACGAUGAAAGUUUCUGGAGGAGGGUCAAGGGGGGAGCCGCCGAGGGAUGUGGAGGGGUUGUUGCUGGUGGUGAAGAACGCGAGGAGUAUAAGGGGUCAUGCGAGGCAGGAGUAUGGGAGGAUAUACGGGGCGUUGGCGCCGUUUUAUUUCGAUUUGGUCAGGGCGAGGACGCAUACGGAUCCGUUGGUUUUCAAGGUUUUUAGGGAUCCGGAUCGGCAGGCUAGGAUGCUGGCUAAUUUGAGGAGUUUUGCGAGGAGUGACUGGGCGGAUGGGGCGGAGGGGAGGAGGGAGAAGUUGGAGGGGAUGACGGUGAUUUUUGAGAGCGCGGUGCUGAGGGAGUUUGAGCAGGGGUAUGAGUUUUGGGAUGUGGAUGGGAGGAUGAAAAAGUAUGCGCAUGUGUUGGAGGUGUUGAAUCCGGGGAGUAGUGCGGGGGUAGAGCUGUUUAUACAGAAGCAUCCGAUUUUUGCGGAUAGGGAGGUGCUGGCGAAUGCGAUGGAUUGUGUGAAUCAGGCCAUGGCGGAUAGUAUCACGCUGGAGCCGUCGAGGAGGUUUUUUGAGGUGUUGGGGAGGAAGGUAAAUGAGCAGGGUGAGAUCAUUGGGAGGAUAUUCCCGAGGCCACAGAGGGUGUUUUGGGGGUUUGUGGAUAAGGUCAGGGAAGAGAUUAUGGUCGAGUAUAUCACGCCUUUGUUUGAUGAUGCGCAUCAGAGGAGUAUACCGAGUUAUUUGAGGGCGGUGUCGGGGAUUUUUGAGCAGACGAUGUUGUUCUUGAGGACGCUGACGCCGCCGGAGGGAGGGGAGGUGGAUCAGGAGGCGAAGGCGAAGGAGAUAGCGUUGAGGAUUUUUGAGCCGCAUAUUGAUUUGUAUUUUCAGGACGAAAUCGAUACGUUCACGGCGCAGGCGGAGAGGGAGGUGGGGGAGUGGGAGAAGAAGUUGUCGGAGCAGGAGGCGAGUGCCGAGUCGUUUUAUAUGGGCAGCUUUGCGAACCGGCAGGCGGACAAGAAGGACUUCUUGACGUCGUUCAAGAAGGUGGUUAUGAUGCCUGUUACGGUAUUGCCUACGAGUCUGGGGUUACCCAUAGGGUCGCCGUUUGCAAGUAGUAAACCUGCUGUGACGGCGGCUGCUAAUGGUGGACCGUCGACUCCGAGUCGGGCAGGGUCUCCUGCGCCAGCGGGCACUCCUGGCGAUCGCGCCAGCAGUCCAUUACCAGGCAAAGCAUUUGCGGAUGAAUUGGCAGCCAAGGCGGCGCUGAUGACGUCUCGGCUGGAGGGCAUCAAAUCCCUCUUCAGCAUCGAGGUAGCGCUCAGCCUGGUUCACGGAGCUAAAGCCAGCCUAGGUCGUGUCGCUGUCUUCAUCCAGCUUGGAGGCCAAGUCGGCGGCGAGGCGCGAGAGAUGUGCGAAACCAUCUUCGUCACGCUCCUCCGCAUCCUCGGCAACGGCCACGUCAAGCCUGGUUUCGACAAGGCCGUCACCCAUCUAUCCCAAUACAACCCCCGCGAGGUCAGCGAACACGAAAAGGGAGGCGUGGCCCCCUUGGUCACAUUUAUCGAGCUGGUCAACGUGGGCGACCUCAUCUCCCAGAUGAUCGACGUCUUUUACGAGCAACAGCUCGCCCAGCCAAAAAUUGCCGACAGAAACGACUUUUUGGAUCCUGCGGGCAUGGCAAAGAAAAAGUUUGAGCAAAUGCUCGACGAGAGCGUCGCCGCCGGCCUUAAUAAGGGCAUCGACGUGCUCAUGGACGAGGUGGAAUACAUUUGCGCCACUACUCAGUUGCCGACGGACUAUAACCCGGGGGGUAUCUCUGCUCCUGAUUCCAUUCUGUCAGGGACGAUCCCUGGGAUGGAGAAGGCGCCUGCUCCGAAGCCACCGGCGGGGGCGAUAGAUAUGGACAUUGGCCCUUCAAAAACAGCGCAGAGGAUCAAGGAUCUGGUAGCGUCGCACACCUCGAUGUUGGUGGGCAGCACAGACAAGUCGAUGCUUGAUGUGUUCAAUGGCGAGGUUGGGCUCCGGCUCUUUACGGCGGUGUGCAAGCAUCUGAAGAGACAGCGGAUCAGCACCGAGGGGGCGAUCAAGCUGAUUGCGGAUAUGAAUCUCUACUUUGAGUACAUCCGCACGCUCAAGAACAAGGACUUGCUCGCGUAUUUCAAGGCGUUAAGGGAGCUGAGCCAGAUUUAUCUGAUUGAUGCGAAGCAUGCCAAGGAGAUGGCGACGAUUAUUGCUGAUGGGGACAGGUUUGGGGGGAUCUUUAGGGCGGAGGAGGUGUAUGAGUAUGCGGAGAGGAGGGCGGAUUGGUACCAGGUGAAGAGGGAGGUGGAGAGGGCCAUGUAUGGUUUGGAGUGUUGUGUUAUGUAGACAACUUGGGACAUGGACAUGAGAGGAAGAGAUAUAAGGGCAAGGAAGGGAUGACGAGAAAUACAAAAACGGCUUUGAUGGUUGAGCAAAAGCUCGUUUCGAGAUGGUCCUGCCAUUGCUAUCUAUCUACCUAGUUGUUUGUUCCAAUGACCCGACUGCCGUAGAGGUGAUACAUAGUGUGGAGAGAAAAAGGGAAAACCAAACGCUGAUAUGUCGGACGUAUUUGGUGUUCCAUAUAUAAUAAUGGGUA